AUGUUCAGAAGCUCUACAUUUAUACAUACAACGUUGUCUGAGUGUAGAUUAGAUAUGGUGAUGAAGGCAGCAUCACCGAGGAAAUCCAUAAACAGGGUGUUCGAAAGAGUUGGGGUGUAUGGAUUUGGGGUUGUGAGCAGGCAGAAAAGGUGCAAAUAUGCCGUUGAAUGUGAAGAAGAAGAUGGGAGGAUGGAGAUGGAACAGCUCGGCGCUGAGAGGACCAAAAAUGUGCUGAUUCUGAUGAGCGACACGGGCGGCGGCCACCGAGCGUCUGCCGAGGCGAUCAGGGAUGCGUUCCAGCUCGAAUACGGGGAUGAGUAUAGAAUAUUUGUGAAGGAUGUGUGGAAAGAGUAUACUGGCUGGCCGUUGAAUGAUAUGGAACGACAGUAUAAGUUCAUGGUUAAACAUGUGCAGCUUUGGAAAGUUGCAUUUCAUAGCACCUCUCCUAGAUGGAUACACUCUGUCUAUCUUGCUGCCUUUGCUGCCUUUUACGCCAAGGAAGUUGAGGCUGGUCUAAUGGCGUACGAGCCUGAUAUUAUCAUUAGUGUGCACCCGCUAAUGCAGCAUAUUCCACUGUGGGUGCUGAAACGGCAAAACCUGCGAAAGAAAGUGACGUUUGUUACUGUCGUAACGGACCUAACCACUUGCCAUCGUACAUGGUUUCAUCCAUCGGUGAACCGACUAUAUUGUCCGUCAGAGGAGGUAGCAAAGAGGGCUUUGCUAGAUGGGCUCGAAGAAUCUCAAAUUCGUGUAUUUGGCUUGCCCAUCCGACCCUCUUUUUGUCGAGCAGUUUUCUCCAAGGACGAUUUAAGGGUAGAACUUGAAAUGGAUCCACAACUGCCAGCCGUCCUGCUAAUGGGAGGUGGAGAAGGCAUGGGACCCGUGAAGAAAACGGCAAGGGCUCUUGGAGAAUCUCUGUUCGAUACAAAACUUGAAAAGCCAAUCGGACAACUGAUUAUCAUCUGUGGCCGUAAUGAAACUCUGUUCUCCACAUUACAAUCACUUGAGUGGAAAAUCCCAGUUAAGAUUAGAGGGUUUGAGAAACAAAUGCAGAAAUGGAUGAGUGCUUGUGACUGCAUCAUCACAAAAGCGGGUCCUGGUACUAUUGCUGAAGCAUUUAUAAGAGGGCUACCAGUUAUACUUAACGAUUACAUCCCCGGGCAAGAGAAAGGGAAUGUUCCAUACGUAGUUGACAAUGGGGCAGGAGUAUUCACCCGAAGCCCCAACGAAACUGCAAGAAUUGUGGCCGAAUGGUUCAGCACAAAGAAGGACGAACUCAAUAGAUUGUCGGAAAAUGCACUAAAACUUGCACAACCGGAGGCAGUUUUCGACAUUGUGAAGGACAUUCACGACCUCGCAUGCCAACGGGGCCCUUUAGCUAACAUCUCCUACAUGUUGACUUCAUCCUUCUCGAGCCUAAUUUACUAG